UAUAUUUUCUCCGAUCGGGUUUUUUCUCCUCCUCACACGCGACGCCGUUCUUCUCUCGGGCGGAAACACGAAGGAGUUAGGGUUUCCUCCCUCAGGCGGCCGGCGAAGGUUUUUCCAGCCGAUCUUCACUCAACCGUGACCCUCUCGUCGUGGAGAGCACGCGGACCCGAAGGAGACGCCGAGACCUUCACCUCUCCGAACCCUAGAGUUCUUCCCCUUCCGGUUGUAAGUCCUAAAAGCAAGGGCCUCCCCACCCGACCUACCGUGGUCGUCGAAUCGCUGCCGUCGCUCUCAGUUCCUCACGAGUCCCUCGGAGGUGUCGUGUCGCCGCUCAUCUUUACCAAAUCCUGCGGCGAUCGGUGUUCCAAGCUUCCUACAUUCUGAAUCGUUUGAGCAACAAAUCAGUGAAUAAAUUUUUAGGCAGCGCUGCUGUUGACGUUUAAUUCCCUUAGCCUCACUCGAGAGAAGACUGUGCUGUAUUUCUUCUUACUUUUAAAAGUUGAUGGCACCGAUGGAGGUGGAUAGGGCAGAUGGGCGUACUUCCAAUCAGCUGAGGCCACUGUCUUGCACUCGAAACGUCCUCCAUCGAGCCCAUGGCUCCGCUCGCUGGUCACAAGGUGAUACAAUCGUGUUGGCUGCAGUAUUUGGACCAAAAGCUGGAACUAAGAAGGAAGAAAACCCUGAGAAGGCUUCUAUUGAAGUUAUAUGGAAACCUAAAACUGGUCUGAUAGGAAAAGUGGAAAAGGAAUAUGAGAUGAUUCUGAAGAGAACUUUGCAAAGUGUAUGCUUGUUGACUAUCCAUCCAAAUACGACAACCUCUGUCAUUGUUCAGGUUGUUGGAGAUGAUGGUGCUCUUCUCCCUUGUGCCAUAAAUGCAUCUUGUGCGGCACUUGCAGACGCUGGUAUCCCUUUAAAGUAUCUAGCUGUGGCUAUUUGUUGUGGUUUGACAGGGAGUCGAUCUGUAAUUCUAGAUCCUACAAAGAUAGAAGAGAAGAAAAUUCUAGCAUUUGCGUAUUUGGUAUUUCCAAAUUCUCCAAUAUCAGUCCUUCCCAAAGGUUCAUUGACAGAGGAUAGUGAACCGAUUGAGGCUGGGAUUAUUACAUCUGUAACUCAUGGGGCGAUGCCAGUGGUCGACUAUUUCAAUUGCCUUGAUCGGGGUUACGCUGCAUGCGCAAAGAUAUCAGAGUUUCUUAGGAGAAGCAUGGAGUCACAAGCCCCUAGUGAUCUGACAAAGACUACGUAGUGUUGGGGUUCGUACAUUACUUGAAACAAAAUUUUCUAUUGAAUUCACUGCAGAGUAGAGCGUAUAAGGUAAUCUUCCGUUUAGCGUGUUUGCAAUUCCCUUGAAGCUGGUACCUUGACAAUGAUGAUUAUGGGUGGGUUAUGUUGUACUUUCAGCGGGUUGUGAUGUAACUUUCAGCAAAUAGUCAGUUGGCAGACACGAUUGUUUGCAGAGAUAUUUGCUUCAGACUUCACAGCGGUUGGCAAAAAAUAUAUCCGUUUCUUCUGUGAGAUGCUGCUCAAUGCAAGAGUCUAUUUUCACUGCGUUCACUCUAUACUCUGACUUGUUCACACAAUUUGCUUGGUUCACUCAAGUAUAUAUUUGACCAACCCAUACAAUUUAUCUUUGAUUUACCAAGUCCUUUCA